CGGGCUCGCCGCCCCGGGGCGGGGCCGCGCGGGCCGGGAUGGGGCGGUCGCCGCCAGGGCGGUGGUCCAAGCCGGCGAGCGGCGGCGGCGAGCACAGGAGAGCCUGCGGACCGAGGCGCAAGUUUCGGACGCGGCGCCAUGCGCGGCCCCCAGGCCUGGCCGCUGCGGCUGCUCCUGAGGCGGGGCCCAGCCGCCCGCGCCCUCGGGACCCGGCCGCCGCCGACGCGCCUGGCGCCGGCGCGGCUUGGGGACGCGGGGCCGGCGCUCCUCGAGGGUGGCGAAGCCGCGCGAGGCCCGCGGUGCCGGGCGGGCCGCUGCCCGGGCGGGGGUCCCGGCAGCCCCGCGGGCGGCGCGGGCCUGGCGCGGCUCCUGGCGCUGUGGGCGCGGCCCUCCGGACCCUCCAGGUGCGGGGCGCUCGCCGGGUCCGGCGUCCCCCGGCUCCCGCGCGCCGCGCUCCCCGGCGGCCCAGCGGCGGUCGCGCGGGGCGGGGGCGAGACUUGGCUGCGCGAGCCGGCCUUGCUUGCGGCCGCGGCGACCCCCGGACACGACCCGCUGCAGCGGCCCAUGGCUGCCGGGCGCUCGGAGGCCCAGAAGCUCCUAAGGCUGGCGCAGCCCGAGCGCCGGAGGCUGGCAGCUGCAGUUGGGUUUCUGACGGUGUCCAGUGUCAUCACCAUGUCCGCCCCCUUCUUCCUGGGGAAGAUAAUCGACGUCAUUUACACAAACCCCUCUGCGGACUACAGCUCCAGCCUGACCAGCCUCUGCCUGGUGCUUGGCGGCGUGUUCCUGUGCGGCGCCGCGGCCAACGCCGUCCGCGUCUACCUCAUGCAGACGUCAGGUCAGCGCAUCGUGAAUAGGUUGAGAGCUUCGCUCUUUUCCUCGGUUCUGAGGCAGGAGGUCGCUUUCUUUGACAAGACGCGCACCGGAGAGCUGAUCAACCGCCUGUCCUCGGACGCGGCCCUGCUGGGGCGCUCGGUGACCGAGAACCUCUCGGACGGGCUCAGGGCCGGAGCCCAGGCUUCCAUUGGCGUUGCCAUGAUGUUUUUUGUCUCCCCUAAUCUGGCCACUUUCGUUUUGAGUGUGGUGCCUCCAAUAUCCAUCCUUGCUGUGCUUUAUGGCCGAUACCUACGGAAACUGACCAAAGUCACUCAGGACUCCCUGGCACAAGCCACUCAGCUAGCUGAGGAACGUAUUGGAAAUAUAAGAACUGUUCGAGCUUUUGGGAAAGAAAUGACUGAAAUAGAGAAAUACACCAGCAAAGUGGACCAUGUGAUGCAGUUAGCAAGGAAAGAGGCAUUUGCUCGGGCUGGCUUCUUUGGAGCAACCGGGCUCUCUGGGAACCUGAUCGUGCUUUCUGUGCUGUACAAAGGAGGGCUGCUGAUGGGCAGUGCCCACAUGACAGUGGGUGAACUCUCUUCCUUCCUAAUGUAUGCUUUCUGGGUUGGAUUAAGCAUUGGAGGUCUGAGCUCCUUCUACUCAGAGCUGAUGAAGGGACUGGGUGCCGGGGGCCGCCUCUGGGAGCUCCUCGAGAGAGAGCCGGAGCUUCCUUUCAAUGAGGGGGCCAUUUUGAACGAGAAGAGCUUCCAGGGUGCUUUGGAGUUCAAGAACGUGCAUUUUGCCUAUCCAGCUCGCCCAGAGGUGCCCAUAUUCCAGGAUUUCAGCCUUUCUAUCCCAGCAGGAUCCAUCACAGCGCUGGUUGGCCCAAGUGGUUCUGGCAAAUCAACAGUGAUUUCUCUCCUGCUGAGGCUGUACGACCCCAGCGCUGGAACGAUCAGUCUUGAUGGCCGUGACAUCCGUCAGCUAAAUCCAGUCUGGCUGAGAUCCAAGAUUGGGACAGUGAGUCAGGAACCAAUUUUGUUUUCUUGCUCAAUUGCGGAGAACAUUGCCUAUGGCGCAGACGACCCUUCCUCGGUGACGGCCGAGCAGGUAGAGAAAGUGGCUGGUGUAGCCAAUGCAGCUGCUUUCAUCCGACAUUUCCCUCAAGGGUUCAACACUGUGGUCGGAGAAAAGGGCGUGCUCCUCUCAGGUGGGCAGAAACAGCGAAUUGCAAUUGCCCGCGCUCUGCUUAAGAAUCCCAGAAUUCUUCUCCUAGAUGAAGCAACCAGUGCACUGGACGCUGAAAACGAGUAUCUCGUUCAGCAAGCUCUGGAUCGACUGAUGGAAGGAAGGACGGUGUUCAUCAUCGCCCAUCGUCUGUCCACCAUUAAGAAUGCCAAUAUGGUAGCUGUCCUUGACCAGGGGAAGAUCACCGAGUGUGGGAAACACGAAGAACUGCUUUCGAAACCAGACGGGAUAUACAGGAAAUUAAUGAAUAAACAGAGUUUUAUUUCAGCAUAAAGAAGCAAUUAUUGGUAAACUUAAUAUGAGACACUUCAAAGCAAAGCAGCACUGCAGGAAGAAAAAUUUUUAAAAACUCAGGCUGUAUGAAAUCUGUAAAUCAUACUUCAAGUUAUUUGAAAUCUGCCUAUUUUUUCCAAAGAUUGUAAAAUAUUGUUUUGAGAUCGACCUGUUCUCAAGACCUUUUUAUUCAGAGUUUUAAUAAUUGUAACUUUCUAAAUGUCAAGCUCACUGAAGUUAUUUUCAGGUUUUGUACUUUUAUCUUGGAAUAUUUUGAUUAAUAUAGUCUGGCACCUCACUUUCUUUUAUCUGCUGUUAUAAAUUGAAGCUAUUGUCAAAUGACAACUUUUAAAAGGGAAUUAUAAAUAAAGAGCCUAAUUAUUUUAGGCCACUUUACCAAUCACUGUGUAAUCUCUUGGUAGUACUCUACCUACUUUGAGUAUCAUUUUACCAGGUAGCAUAAUAGAAGGUGAAAAUCUAACCCUUUAUUUUAUCCUGAUAAUCUCAUAAAGCAAACCUGACAUAUAUAUAUGUGUGUGUGUGUGUGUGUGUGUGUGUGUGUGUGUGUGUGUGUGUAUCUAUAUAUAUAUAUGUAUAUAUAUAGAUACACACACACACAGAAAUAGUUAACGUCACAUGGCGAGGAGGGAUCAUGUAUAUUCCCCAUCUCCUCUGUCUUCAGAGGUGUGAAAGUUCAGGGACAUGUGUUCCUCUGGGCUGAGACUGUGUUUGGAUGUGUGCAUUUUCAACAUUUUUGGCACAUGAGAACCUGAUGAGUUGUGAAAAGGGAAGAGGCCCCAUCCUUUGAAUAUGAGAACUUCUGAUUUCAUUAUUUACAUAUUUGUUUCUGUGAAUUUGGGAAGCCAGGCAUGAACUGCCAGGUAUUAUCAAGAAGGAUGUAAAAAUGAAUUUUACAUUUAUGUUGUCUGAGGCAUGUGUCUUGAAAAUUAUUUUUUAAGAGUUUAUAAUUCCUAGCCAAAUUUUACAGCUUUUUAUCAGUUACUUAGUUUUGAAAUUUCAUUCAAUGAGGCUAAAUUCCAAAAUUAUUAAUAUAACUGUAAUGUUCAACCUUAAAACAUUUGAAGGAAGCUUACAUGUUCUUGCUAUUCUGCAGAAGAUCAAGAAACCUUAAGAGCUUGUCACUCUUCUGAAAAGAGGACGUAACUAACCGUCUUUCUUUUAUUUGUGGUUAUAGUUUUGUUCACCUACAUUUGUGAAAAUUCCUCAAGCAAUGCUGACGCCAUUGGAUUUGUCAUAUUUCAUGUCAGCACCAUUAAUUUGCUGUUGCCUCAAGAAUAAGUACUUUUCUACAUUGAUAAUGCCAGAACCUAAGAAGUAACAGUGCUGAUGUG